ACCAGUGUUUUCUGGUUCUUUUCUUCAGAGUGUAUGCAGUAGUCUCGGUGUCUGCACACACAUACACACACUCACGCAGACAGUACAGCGUAUUUGUAAUAGUAGAAUGGGUGAGGCGAAGGGAUCGUUUGGAUCGAUGGAGGAGUUCUUGAAGAAGUGUGAGCCGUCCGGCGACGCGGCGUACGGUGCGCUCCGAUCACUUUUGGAGCGUCUCGAGGAUCCGACGACACGAGCUGAUGCUCGGAUCUUCCUCUCCGAGCUGCAGAAACGCUUCGAAUCCAAGGACGCCUCGGAGAAGUGUCUCCAGACUUACCAUUUCCAAAUUCAAGACAUAUUUCUCGAACAGUAUGAAGGUUUCCAGAAAAGGAAGAAACUCACGAUGAUGGUUAUACCCAGUAUUUUUAUCCCAGAGGAUUGGUCCUUCACGUUCUAUGAGGGACUCAACAGACAUCCAGAUUCUAUUUUUAAGGACAAGACGGUAGCUGAGCUUGGUUGUGGAAAUGGUUGGAUAUCCAUUGCAAUAGCAGAGAAGUGGUCACCCUUGAAGGUGUACGGGCUUGAUAUCAAUCCAAGAGCAGUAAAGAUUUCUUGGAUAAAUCUGUAUUUGAAUGCUUUGGAUGAAAAGGGCCAACCAAUUUAUGAUGGGGAGAACAAGACUUUACUUGACAGGGUCGAAUUUCAUGAAUCUGAUCUGCUUUCAUACUGCAGAGAUAAUCAGAUUGAACUUGAGCGAAUCGUUGGAUGCAUUCCCCAGAUUCUUAACCCUAAUCCAGAUGCAAUGUCCAAAAUGAUCACAGAAAAUGCCAGUGAAGAAUUCUUAUAUUCUCUGAGCAACUAUUGCGCCCUCCAGGGCUUUGUUGAAGAUCAGUUUGGCUUAGGACUGAUCGCAAGGGCUGUUGAGGAAGGGAUAUCUGUUAUAAAACCUUUGGGGAUUAUGAUCUUUAAUAUGGGUGGCCGCCCGGGACAAGCCGUAUGUAAACGUUUGUUUGAGCGCCGUGGUCUGCGUGUUAAUAAGCUUUGGCAGACUAAAGUUCUUCAGGCAGCUGACACAGAUAUCUCAGCAUUAGUUGAAAUUGAAAAGAAUAGUCCACACCGUUUUGAGUUUUUCAUGGGGCUUGUUGGAGACCAACCAAUUUGUGCCCGAACAGCAUGGGCUUAUGCCAAAGCCGGUGGUCGUAUUUCCCAUGCUUUAUCAGUGUACAGUUGUCAGCUCCGUCAACCUAAUCAGGUUAAAAAGAUUUUUGAGUUUCUCCGAAAUGGAUUCCAUGAUAUUAGCAGCUCUCUAGAUUUGUCCUUUGAAGAUGACUCUGUUGCGGAUGAGAAGAUUCCUUUCCUAGCUUAUCUUGCUAAUGUUUUAAAAGACAUUUCAUUUUUCCCAUAUGAACCACCAGCUGGAAGCAGACGAUUUCGUAGUCUGAUCUCUGGCUUUAUGAGAACAUACCAUCAUGUUCCACUUACUGCGGAUAAUGUUGUUGUAUUUCCUUCAAGGACUGUGGCAAUUGAAAGUGCUUUACGUCUGUUGUCUCCACGCCUCGCCAUCGUUGACGAACAAUUGUCCCGACAUUUACCAAGGCAGUGGUUAACAUCCCUAAAUAUUGAGAAGACAGAAAUUGGAAAACAUUCCGAGGAAGCAAUCACAGUCAUUGAAGCUCCACGCCAGUCAGAUUUGAUGGUAGAGCUGAUUAAAAGAUUGAAGCCAGAGGUAGUAGUCACUGGGAUGGCUCAGUUUGAGUCAGUCACUAGUUCCUCAUUUGAACAUCUUUUAGAUAUCACGAGAGAAAUUGGCUGCCGAUUGUUCCUAGAUAUAUCAGACCACUUUGAGCUAUCUAGCCUGCCAAGUUCCAAUGGAGUCUUUAAAUAUCUUGCUGGAAGUCCUCUUCCUUCGCACGCAGCUAUUGUAUGCGGCUUAUUGAAAAAUCAGGUUUAUACAGAUUUGGAAGUGGCAUUUGUGAUAUCAGAGGAGGAGGCAAUUUUUAAAGCACUAUGCAAGACUGUGGAGCUUUUACAGGGAAAUACUUCUAUAAUUAGUCAAUACUACUAUGGUUGUCUUUUUCAUGAGCUUCUAGCUUUUCAGCUUGCUGAUCGACAUCCACCUUCACAGAGGAUUGGUGAGAAGACGAGAACUUCUGAGGUAAAUGGCUUUAUCGGUUCCCAAAAGUCCAUACUGGAUCGUGCCGAGUUGGCAGUCAAUGAAUCUGAUGAAUCUCCCCUGGUACAUAUGGAUGUUGAUCAAAGCUUUUUGCCCAUAACAAGACCAGUUAGGGCCGCCAUCUUUGAGAGUUUUGCAAGGCAGAACAUAACAGAGUCUGAAACUGAUGUCACAUCUGGCAUCAGACAGUUGAUUAGCAGCAGUUAUGGCUAUCCAUGUGACAGUAACACCGAAUUUAUAUAUGCAGACUGUACAAUGGCACUUUUCAGUAAGUUGGUACUCUGUUGCAUCCAAGAGGGUGGAACACUGUGCUUCCCAAUCGGUUCAAAUGGGAACUUGGUAUCUGCUGCAAAAUUCUUGAAUGCAAAAAUUGCAACUAUACCAACCACUCCUGAAGUAGGAUACAAGUUGACGGAGAAAACACUAACGGGUUCAUUGGAGACUAUUAAGAAACCAUGGGUCUACAUUUCUGGUCCAACUAUCAAUCCCACAGGCCUGCUUUACACUAAUGAAGAGAUCAGUAAGUUAUUAUCUGUAUGUGCUAAGUUUGAAGCGAGGGUCAUUUUAGAUACUUCAUUUUCGGGGGUGGAAUUUAACACGACGGGCUUUGAGGACUGGAAACUGGGAGCCACUCUGGAUAGACUUUCUUCCACUAACUCGGCCUUUUCCGUAUCUCUUCUUGGGGGAUUAUUUUUUAAGAUGCUGACUGGUGGGAUUAAAUUUGGGUUUCUGCUUAUCAACCAGCCUUCUUUGGUGGAGACAUUCCAUAGCUUCGCAGGAUUAAGCAAACCUCACAACACUAUUAAAUACACGGUUAAGAAGUUGCUUGAUGUUGGAGAGGAGAAAAGAGGGGAUCUCUUGAAGGCCAUCUCAGAGCAGAGAGAAAUCCUGGGAAAUAGAUAUAAACAAUUGAAACAGACACUGCAAAGUUGUGGUUGGGAGGUGCUCGAGGCUCAAGCGGGUGUCUCCAUUUUAGCAAAGCCGUCUGUCUAUCUUGGCAAGACGAUCAAAAUAAACAAAGGCGCCAGCACUCAGGAAGUUAAACUCGAUGACUCAAAUAUCAGGGAAGCCAUGCUUAGGAGCACCGGUUUGUGCAUCAACAGCGCUGCCUGGACUGGCAUCCCUGGUUACUGCCGUUUCACCAUUGCCUUGGAAGACGGUGAGUUCAAGCGUGCGCUAGAUUGCAUCUCUACAUUCAAAAGCUUGGUUGAGUAAAAUUCAACAUCACAUUCUUACCUGCUGCCACGAAACUCAUCAGUUUCUGCAGCUAUUUGGUAUUGUGAAAUAAAAUUUGUUCAGACUUUUUUAUGCUACAAAUGGGUGCCAAUCAAAUUUGGGCCUUGGUUUCUGUACCAUCUAAAUUAACAGUUUUCUUGCUCUGAUAUUUUCUUACACAGUGAUGGAAAAUAUGUUUCCUUGUCAACAGUUGCAACUA